UCUUUGCUUUGACUUUGAUCUUGAUUUUGAUGACACUGACAGAAUUAUUAAUAGUUUCAAUUUGUUGUUGUUUGAAAAGUCGAUUAUUUAAAUGGGUUCCCAUAAAAUAAUUUCCCACUGUCCUUACGCAUUGUGAAGAUUUGGAAUUAUUACAGUAUUCGGAUGCGACGAUAUUAAAUAUAAUUUGAUAUUGAUUAGGUUACAGUGUAAACAUGGAUUUGCACGAGCCUGUUAUUUUAGGAAACAGGACAUUCGAUGAGUUGUCCCAAGAAGAAAAAAUGAGAUAUGAACAUCAAAAGAUGCAUGAGCAACACAAGGGACAUGAUAAGAUGCACGCUGAAAUGUUUGUUGUGCUAGUAAUUACUUUAAUAGUAGCUCAGUUUUUGUUGAUAGAAUGGAAGAAAAGACAUUAUCGAACAUAUUCGUUUGUUACACUAUUAGGUUUAUGGCUAGUACCAUUUUUUUAUUCCCUCAAAUACCACUUUUGGAGAUUUAUUUUCACAUGGUUACUGUUUACCUGUAUAUCAGGACUAAUAGCUAAAAAAGCAGUUGAAAAACCAAUUCAUAGGACAACACCAAGAUUGGUAUAUAAAUGGUUCCUAUUUCUGUAUAAACUUAGUUAUGUUCUUGGUCUCAUAGGUUACUUUGUAUUUCUGGCAACCUUUUUUGGACUGAAUAUUGUUUUUAAUUCGAAACCUAAUUUGUGGAUGGAAUGUGGAACUUUAUUUGUAUUUUAUGGAGUGUAUUAUGGUGUUUUGGGCAGAGACAUAUCUGAGAUAUGUGCUGAUAAAAUGGCUUCUCAUAUUGGGUAUUACACAGAUCAAGGAAUACCUACAAGACACUUAGACCCCAAUGUAUGUGCAGUUUGUGGUAACAAAUUGCUUGUACCUGAAAAUGAAGAAGGAAUCAUAGAAAAUACUUAUAAACUGAGUUGUGAACAUGUCUUUCAUGAAUUUUGUAUCAGAGGUUGGUGCAUUGUAGGUAAGAAGCAAACCUGCCCAUACUGCAAGGAGAAAGUGGAUCUGAAAAAAAUGUUCUGUAAUCCUUGGGAGAAACCUCAUGUUCUGUAUGGGCAGCUUUUAGAUUGGAUAAGAUGGUUGUUGGCAUGGCAGCCAAUGAUCAUUUUCAUAGUGCAAGGAAUAAAUUGGGUGUUGGGAUUGGAGUGAAACAUUUGAUAUUUGCGUACUAUUUUUUAUGUGUAUUCAUGCACUAAUUCCAUCUGGAUUGUUGGAUAGUUAUUUAUGAAAUUUAAUAUUGUUGUGUUUUCUUUGAUCUCAAUAAAUAUAUAGUACAUUCUCA